AUGAGCUCGCCUCUGGACACCAGCUUCGUGCCUGUCGAGUUGGAGAUUGCCGGCUCCGCGACUGUUGAGAAGUCGACUGCCGGCGCUGUGGCUGACGCCCCCGGCACCGUGAGGCCUUGGGCGAACACGGCCAGCGCGACGACGGUGGUGGCGGCGGUGGUGAUGCCGGGGGUCUUCAUCUCUGUGACCUUUGGUGGGGUUUUGAGGGAUAUCGGUGCUUUUCAGGACUGA